GCCCACAGGGCCAACCUCGCCCGGCCAUGUCGCCGGAUCGACGUGGUACGUAGCCACGGUCCUCGAACAGCGCCGUUUCCUAGUCUAACAAGCCCGUCUGCAGGUUCUGGCGCCCCUGUUGGAACCAUAGACUCUGUUGAAUGCGCAUCGUUUGCGGCACUAUACCGCAGAUAUGGGUGGCUUCGCGAAAGCCCAAGCCUCGACGUGCUAUGCCAUUGCCCUUGGUACCACGCGUCUUCUGAACACCCCAUAAUUGCCGUUGCACCGCAAUUCUCCGCAGCCUAGUGUCACCUUUGUCAGAUACCCUCUGGAAACUGCCGACCUGCCCAAAACAACAUUAUAGGUGCUCGUGUCCGCACACGGGAGCCAGCUCGCUGCUCAGCCAACGCCUACCCACCCGAAUCAGUCCAGCAACAUCGAGCCCAACCCACUCUCAUGUCGACUAACCUUGUAGAGACGCAGUCUUUUCAGGACUUUCGCUGUCACGAACCCGACCUGGAGGACAUGUCCAAUCUAUACGGCAUGCAAGAAAGCUGGUCCUACUCACCCAACCUGAACAAGCCUCACACAGCGGCGGCAGGCUACUUAGACUACUACAAUUCCAAAAUGCCCGCUUCCAAUAUCCGACUCCAGCGGCCUCCGACCCUGCAGAAGGAAGAAUCCUCCAGCCAGGACGAAGAACAAUCUCAGAAUACAGUCCUUGCACAACGUAGAUAUUCCCAGCUCGGGGUUCAAGCACAGAUUGACCCAUCCACACAAUCUCUUCAGCUUACUAUACCGGUCAUGUACUCUUCGUCAUCGGUGUUUACAGCGUCGAAUGCGCAGAACAACCCCCAGAGCACGCCGACAGUAUCGCCUCUAGACACACGAUUCGACAUGGACAACGAGUCUCCAGGCUCUCACGGCAGCUUCUCCUACGACGGCCAACUACAGCCGACCGAUGCCAUGCAAUUCAUGCCUUUCUCCCCCGAUCUCCAGCAUGCGCCGUUCAAACGCCGCUGCGAUAGUCUGCAAACACUUCGCGAGUCGCACUCUCUAGACUCAACAAACUCAUCUACUGCACGACGGCGCAAGUCAGAAUACGCAGAGCCCGGCUCAGCGCGAGCCAUAUACCUGGCGAAGAAUCGCAAAGCCGCAAGCAAAUGCAGGAGCAAGCAAAAGAAACAGCAAGAAGAGCUCGUUGAAAUAGCUCGAGAUGUCGAGCGCAAGAACAGGGCGCUGAAAGCUGAAGUCGACAUACUAAAGGGCGGGAUACGAGAGCUGAUGGGCAUCGUGGCCCAGCAUAGCGACUGCUCCGAUAAACGACUCACAACAUACGUGCAGCGCGAAGCAGAUCGACUAGCUGCAGGAGCCAUGCGUACCGGCCUCCCUUCUCCGCCGUCAGCAAGCCCAUCUUUCGCUGACAAUGCCUCGUCCCAGGCAGCCUCUUCCUCGGAUGGGACCUGAAAAGAGACGGAAGCCUAAAGUUGGACCCAAAUCCGCCAUUCCAGUGAAUUUGGUGCGACCAGAACGCCCUAUUCGAGUGCGGGGUUAGCGUUAUGACUGGCUGUUGCCGCAUGAAACCACGGCUUCAGCCGUACAGAGAGACUGCGCGAUCCAAGUUUGCGAGCACUGCAGGACGAGUGCUGAGGCGGGGUAAUGCACAAGCCCAAGACAAAGAUCGGCCCUGUGUCCGUAGGAGGAAACCCGUUAUCGCUAAAUAGUAUAGUGUUACUUCAAAAGGCAG